UGAGGCACCUUAGGCGCAUUUUUACCGCGUGCUGCGUCUUAUUUGUUUCGUUUACAAUACACUAUAAUAUUAUUAUGGUUCAACAAUACACCUCUACCAGUCAAAUAAGAUAUAGGUACAAAAUUGUAACACAGUGAUAACGCCGUGAAUAUUGAUGAACACUAUGAUGGGAAAACCUACUAGUCAGUCUGAUAAACACCAUUCUUAACACAUUAUAUUAUUAUAUGGCCAAUAAAUAUUAUUCGGUCGAUUUACGUUUUUAACAGUAUUUUUUUUUUUUUGUUGACAUGGCUGUGGAAAUAAAGAGUACAUACCACACGCCAUUGAUUGCAAAAGACGUGCCCACUUGGAGAACAUACCAAACACAGUUAAAUAAUCUUGGUAACUUACAUAUAGCUAUAAACCACGAAGAAGAAAACAAAGAAACCACCGUGAACGGUCGACUCACGUGGCGAGAUCUCUUCCCACAGGUAUUUGCGAGCGUUAUAGCUUUCAUGUUGGUCGUCCAGCCGGGCAUCAAUAUGACUUACUCGAAUAUUCUAUUGAGAAACAUUAACAUUUCGAAUUCUUCCCAAUAUUCAUGGUUAACGAGUAUGUUGGUGCUGUGUACACCGAUCGGAGCAGUUUUAAUCGGUGUAAUCAUGGACCGGAUAGGGAGGAAAAAAGCUUGUCUGUUGACUUGCGUACCGCUCUUAAUAGCUUGGUCGAUCGCUUCGAUAGCCACGAUAUUCCCAGACCAUAUUGGUCUGUUUUACGCGUGUAGAGUUUUUGCCGGAAUCGGCGGAGAACGGCAACUUGUUUCAGGAAUGACAACGGUGUCCCUGGUCUAUGUAUCGGAAAUAGCCAUGUCUUCGUACAAACAAGUGCUGUUGUCUCUGAACAGCGUGUUUUUGGCGUUUGGUAUAUUGUUCGCUGUAAUGAUCGGCCAUACGGUUCCUUGGCCAGCUAUUAAUGUGGUCUUUCUCAUUUUCACCGUUGUCACCAUGCUGCUCAUAGCCGUUUUCCUACCGGAAAGCCCGUCCUGGAUCGUCAAGUUCCGAAGCGAAGACGUUCGUCGUGCCAAAGGAUCGUUGAAAACGAUAUACCCCAACAAUAACAAACUGUAUUCGGACGAAUGGGACCGCCUGAACGUACCCCCGGCGAUUCCGUUAUUGUUUAAGUCUACCCUGGCCCGCCGUUUGUCCCCACGAGUACUUCGGCCUGUCGGCAUACUGGCCGUGAUGUUCCUGUUACAACAGCUCAGCGGAUGUUACCCGGUGAUUUUUUACGCGGUGCCGGUGUUCAAAUCGAUAGUGCCGGACGGGCAGGUUGACGAAAUGAACACGUUGGUGACGUUUGGCAUGAUCCGUUUCUUCGUCUGUGCGCUGACUUGCGCUCUGUCGUUGCACGUGGGCCGGCGGCCACUGAUGAUGAUCUCUUCUGUGGGCAUGGCGUGUUCGUCGUUGCUGGUGGCCGCUACGUACAAGCUGAACGCGCCCGUCGCCGCCGGUGCGGACGGCCCGCCGCCGCCGGAACCGUCCGUGUGGGACUUUCACGUGGCCUUGCCGCUGACUGGGAUCAUGAUGUUCGUCUGCAGCAGUUCGUUAGGCGCGCUCGUGUUCCCGUGGACGUUGGUCAGCGAGCUGUUGCCGACGUCCGACAGGGCCACCGCCGGCGGAUUCCUAAUAUCCUACGCGUACAUCAUUAUGUUCUUCGUGCUGAAAAUGUUCCCGGUAGUGUUCGAGGCCGUCUCCGUGCCCGGUGUGUUCACGGUGUUCGCAGUCGCUUCGCUGGCUAUGGCGGUGCACGUGUACGCCGCACUUCCCGAAACACUGGGCAAACACUUUUUCGAAAUUGAAGACUACUUCGCCAAAGACUACAGACCGUUCGGCUGUUGAUGUUGUACAGUAUAAUAUUAUGUAAUUAUGUUUUAUACGAAUGGAAGGUGUCACUUUCAUAACUACGACGACCCAAAGUGACUGUCAAAAUUUGCUUAGACAGUAUCGAAUAAUGUCAUACGACUAACAAUCACAUGCGUACGACAGAGAGCAUUGACAUUUCAACAUCAUUGACCAUACCACAUUUUAUAGCUUAUCGUUCCUAGUAUUAUAUAUUUUUAUAAUUUUGAAAAUUAUAUAGUUUUUAAUGAUAACUAUUAUUUGUAAUCGAUAAACUACUUUUUGUUUUAAUUGUAUAUUAAUUGAUAAUUAAUAGACUAUUAAAAAAACACAUGGUUUGUUCGAAACGAACGAAAGAAUCCAUUAUUUAUUUAAUGAUUUUGCACUUGAAUUAUUCCUUUUGAUUAUAAGAUACUUAUUACGUUACAAUUUCUUCGUGGAAACAUAAGUUUAACUCUUACUGAAUACGUUUAUACUUGAAGCAGAGACAGACUGUGAACCAAUCAGCAUAGAUACUAUUCUAGUAAAUGUAACACUUCACACUGGUCAACCAACUGAACGGUACACUAAUUUGAAAUUUCACCACAGUU